AUAUACUUGGCCGAGUAUUCGGCUCAGCGCCCACGGCCAUAGAUAGAUCAAUAAAUUCCUUCCUGAAGUGUCUGGAAUUAGCAGGUAGUUAUACGCUAUAUAUCACUCUUCUACACAUAAUUAAAUGCCUCAGAUUGGUUAUUAUCUAUAUUUAUGAUACAGUCCUAGGCGAAAAUGUCGACAAUCCGCCACAGCGUCCUCAUUAUUGGCAUAAAAGAUGUAUUCGGGCCAGCAGAGGGACUCGCCGCAAAGCUGGAAGCCGACAGUGCGCGUGCUGCCAAAGCCGGAUUCAACUGCCAUCUGCAUCAGCUCGAUCCAGUCCAGCCCGAAGAAGCACUCAGGGAGCUUGAGGCAAAGCUCAAGACCGGUUCAUAUUGCGAAAAGACGGCUUUGUUUGAGGCAAUCAUCAAUUUGUUCAGGGAGUUGGUGUCGAAUGUCCCAUUUAUGUUCAAUACGGGACCGGAUACCAUAUGUGAUGCUUUGGAGAGGAAUUUUGGGGUGAAAAUUGAAUAAGGGAAUCAAGUCAGUUUUUAACUGUGGUCAGGGAGGACUUGGACCUUUCUCUUAUAUGGAAAUGCCGAAGGUGGACACAUUGAAGGAC